AUGGCCCGGGCUGAGGGGCCGCCGACGCUGCCCGAGCCGCUGAGGCGGCGGCUGGUGUCCUUCAGCAGCUCCGUGUUCAGCGACGGCGCCCGCAGCGCUCUCGGCGAUGUCCCCCGCGCCCCGCCGGGCUUCCCGGGCUACCGCGCAGAUUGUGAAAUCCUUUCCAGUUUGCCACUGCAGAUGUCCCUGUAUUUCAAUGUUUAUUUCUUCCCGUUGUGGUGGCUCGUCACAGUCGCCAUCCUCUACAUGAAGUAUCCAGUCUUAUCAGAUUAUUACAAGUUCAUCCUGGUCACCAUCAUGAUCCUGGUCUCUCUGACAGAGCUCAUUCGACUCUACCUGGGAUAUGUGGGCAAUCUCCUGGAGAAAGUGCCUGAGCUGGCUGGGUUUUGGCUCCUGACUCUCCUCCCGCAGCUGCCUGUGAUUCUCUUCCUGCUGUUCAACGAAGGUCUGAAAAUCCACUCCCUGGAGCGAGCCGUCCACAUCAUCUUCGCCUCCUUCCUCUCCUUCCAAGUGGUGGCUGCCUUUUUCACCCUGAGGAGGAUGGUGAACACCCUGGCCUCUCGCUUCCGCCUGACGGAGUUCCACCGCCUGGAGGAGCAGCGCCCCGCGCCCGGCGCUCGCAGCUCCCAGGGCUGCUAGGGCUGCAGGGACCCCCCAAGGUCACACCCCCAGGGCUCAGCAGACCAGCCUCACGUUGCCGCAGUUCUCUUUCCUUUGUCUUGGGUCAUUCUUUGCCUUCUUGCCUCUGAGGUAUUGAAAAAUAGAUCUUUUAAAGCUCAGAGGCUGCAGCUCCUUUCUUCAAGGAAAAUCGAAGUCAGUUCCAUAGCUGACUUGAGUGGACUGUUACUGAGAAAAAGCCUUGAGACACUUCCGUGAGUAUCUGAUUUAAUCGAGCCUCUGCCACACUUUAAUUCAUAAGAGCCUUUUUCUUGUGUCUGAGUAGUUGAGAGUAUGGGUCGAGUUUCCUUGACUUGAAGAGUGGAUAAUCGGGUCAGGACCAAGGCAACAACAGGAAAACAAAAUUCCUGGCAAUCUCACUGAAAAUCUCCUACAGAUUCCUCACCUUGCCCCUGUCAAUAAGCACAAACAUGACUGGAGUGUUUUACGUAUUACAAAGUCAUGGCAUUUAAAAAGAAACAAGCCUUUUUUCCUCGCUGUUUGCACAAAAUUCUUUUGUUUACAAUAAAUCUUUUCUACACUU